AUGCAGAUGGAGCGUGACAAGAUGGCGUUUAAAGUUCCUCAGAUGAAGCCACCGCAGAUUAAUGUUAGCGAUGAGCCCCGUAGUGUCCUUAUGGAUGUGCCUGUGCAGGCGAGUUGCAGCACUCUCAGGGCUGGGGGAUACAGGAACAAAGUGAAGUUGGCACCUGGACAUAGUGCACUGGACUGGCAAGAGAUGGUCAGUACUAAGGGUAAAGCUGGGAAACUAAUCACUGGAAUAGACAGUAUAAGAGAAGAUCCUAAGGUUCUUGAACAUUUUAAAGAGGUAAACUCGCCACAGAGCUUGAUCCAGCUGGAGAGAGGAGUUCCUACUUACGCUAUUAGGCCGCCUUUAUGCAUAGAUGCACAUGAGCUAGCACGCCAUAAUACUGCAGAGGACUGCUGGACUGUCAUAAAUGGUAAAGUUUACAGCAUCUCGUCGUAUUUAAGUUUCCACCCUGGCGGUGCGAAGAUUUUGAUAGAUAAAUCGUCGGGACAGGACUCAACAGUGCUAUUUAAUAGGUAUCAUAGAUGGAUCAGUGUUGAGAAAAUGUUAGAAACUUGUUUGGUGGGUGUUUAUGUCGGAUGA